UUGUUGUUGUCAGGAAGCCUGAAAUUCCAUCCAUGUCUCCGUUUGCACUGUCAAUGAAUGAAUCCAGCAACCAACCCAUCAAGUGGCAAAGGGUAUUGCUCAAAGUCAGUGGAGAAGCUCUUGCCGGAGAUCACUCCCAGAAUAUUGACCCCAAGAUAACUAUGGCUAUUGCAAGGGAGGUAGCAGCUGUGACUCGUCUUGGCAUUGAGGUUGCAAUAGUAGUUGGUGGGGGUAACAUCUUCCGUGGAUCAUCUUGGGCUGGAUGCAGUGGCCUGGACCGGUCAUCUGCUGAUUAUAUUGGGUAGUUACCUUACUCUCUCUUAAUUAAGC